AGGCGUGCUGGACCGAUACCCAUCCCUUGCUUUUUGUUGUUUUCAUUGCGCGCGAUGUUUCUCUGAACAGACGCUUGGGCGCAGCGCGUAUCAGUGCUGACUCCAGACCGCCACGCGACACGCAAGAUGCAGAGAGCCAGCUGCAUACAUCUGACCACUGCAUGGCGGAAUUAUCCCGAGGUUCAGCUCAGCACGGCAAUCCUGCCAGCGCCGCUUGUUUUUCCGAUCGCAUCAAGAAUUGCGGACGGGCAACUCAGUGGAUUGUUGCGCUGGAGCUUCUUCGGGACGCCUCGCGAUCGCGAAUGCAAGCCAGAACGAGCUUCUUCACGGUUGCAACAGGCGCGUGUGGAGCAGGGCGGCAGUGGCAACAGGCGUUGGCUCUGCAUGGUCGACUGCGGGCUUCGGGCCUGGAACCACACGUUUCAAACUGCGUUGCGGGAAUCAGCGUGUGCGGCAAGUGCGGGCAGUGGCAGCAGGCUAUGUUGAUGUUCAGGGAGAUUGGGAAAGCGAUGGUGGAGCCCGACACCGUCUAUACUGCCGAUGGUGGUUCCCGAUGUGUUGUCCAGGCCCUGGUUCAUGGCAUGAGUUUGCCUAUUGCAAGUCGGCUUGUGCGGUGUUCCCGGUUUGCCGAGCGACGUUUUGAAUCGCGAUGUGGCAGGGUCACCAGUGAUUUUCUGCGAGG